CUUGCUGUGAGGGCUCGGAUGGCUGCUUGGCUGUCCACCGUGAUCCAGUACUUCACGAUAGACGUCAUAAGCGUUAGAUAUGCAGAGAUGGUUAAGAAGGUGUCGCUUUCGACGACCGAAUUCGACGGCAUCGUCCGGGCGCAUCGUGCUUUCCUCGACGACAUUGUAUCGAAGUGCUUCCUUGAAUCCAAUCCUCGAUCCCGGAGGAUUCGAUCAUCCAUUGAUAAGCUCAGCCGAGCCUGUAUGAAGUUGUCAGCGCUGGGCAAACAAGGCAUCUUCGAUGACGCUUUGCCGAACGAACGGUUGAGCAAGGCACUGAGAUCGUUGGAGGAGAAGUUCAUCAUCGGAGUUCGAGAUUUAAUAUCACUCUUAGACGACAUGCAUCUCACCAGUAGUGAGAGAGCUCAUUCCCUCUCGCAGCUCUUGCUCAGACUGGAUUACAACGAGGUAUAUACACGUCCCCAACAACCUCCCACGACGAAGCUUCCGAGCAUCGAGCAGAACAGGAUGGGGCGCCCCAUUAUACCACAAAGCGAGAAUCCGAGUCGAGAUCUGGAGCAAAGUACUCCAGUAGCCUCAGCUGAAGGAGCCGUCUCAGCUGUAUCAUCUCAUAGCAUAGGGCCUCAAUAUGGGCGGACGAGUGGUCCUGGUCUGGCCGCCAGUGAGAGUAGCCAUUAUACGAUUGCAUACGGACCAGAACCUACUCAUCUUGAAGGCUACGACUCAGCUGCUACUGGUGGCUCCAGAGAGUUGGAAGUUCACGGCGCUACUCAAGAUGUGGUUUCGAAGAUUUUAAAGGAGGGUCAGGAUGAGCAAUCGAAGGUGCUCUCUGCAUACGAGAAGUCCAAGGCUCUGCUAGAAAGUAUUCGCCGUCGAAAGCUCCUCCGAGCAGCAGGGGAAGCGGAUGAGAGACCUCGUGAUGUUUGACUGAGAUGAUAUGUUAACCCUGCAUG